CAGUAAUUCAAGUUUUUUUCUCGUCGCGCGAGUACGAGGAUCCGUUUGCGGAACAAAUGAUACAAGCUUUCGAUCGAAUUUGAACGUGCACCAUUCUUCACAGGUGUCGGAUAGCUAAUAGCUAACAGAAAAAAAGAAUUGUCCGUCGUACGAGUGACAAGUGGGUAUAUCCUCGACUCGAAAACACGAGAUAUUCUUAACGUGUGUAACACAUACUGCUAAUCGUUAUUACGCGGUUACGAUGUAUAAUUACCUUUCUUGUCGGUCAUUAUUGCUUAAAGUUUCACAAAUUCUAGCAAAAAAAUACGUUAUUCCUAAUUAAAUCACCGAUUCAAGUUUCAAUACUGAGGAGACGAGCAACGGCUGUGACACUUGACGGACACUAGCGCCCUUUAUUGAGCCUGCCCGUGGCUCCUCUGAUGCCUUGACGCUAUUGGUCGAAAAUUUUACGCGCGGCUGCCCAAUGAAUGCAACGUUUUCCACUUGAUAUUGACCGCCAAAAAUUCAAUAAUUUUCGGAGCAACAAAUAUUUAUAACAAUUCCAUAUUAAACUAUAAUCUCUUUUCGUCGUAUACUAUUAUUGUAAAUUUACAACUGGAAUUGUUUACAUAGAAUGCUACCUUUAGAUGCACAAUGCAUUAAAAGCACACUGAUAAAGAAAAUUCAUAACAAUACAGAAUAAUACAAAUUACAUAUUUUUAUGAUAACGGGCAGCUGAUUCUUAGAAAUAAUUUUCAUUAUAAUUUUUUAUCUCUGUACAGAAAGAUAAAUAUCGAGAUGUAGCGUUGAAAAUUUGCCUAAGUGCGUAGCACGACUUCCGAUUAAUUGAGUACUAAAGAUUCUAAAACAAUUUACAAAUAGCUACUUUUUUAGGAGGAAUAUGAAAAAUUUAUAAUUUCUUUGAAAAAUUGAUUUCACGUUGUUUGUAUUGGAAAAGUAACCAAAAGCGGUUUUUGUCGUACAUUGCGAUAAAUUUUAUCGGAUAUAUAUACUUCACUGAAAAUUAAUAUUUAUUUAAAAGGAAAAAAGGAACAAUAUUGUACUAAAUAUAUGUUCCAUUGACUCAUUCGAAUAUUGUAAUUUUUAAUGUUAUACUUGUUUGAUAACUUCAAGUAAUAGCAUUUUAUCGUAUACUUGGCUAUAUUGUGACAUCCAACAACGUUCCGCAGGAAAGUAUUUAAAAUCUAUAUCAAUUGAGGAAAAGAUGUUGCUGUUAUGAAUAAUAAACAUUAUUGUAACGAAACAAAAUAUUUUCGUAAAUAAUAAUAUGUUCAUUGUUUAAAAGUUGCUGUAUAUUGAAAUUUUAGCUUUCUAACCUUAAUAUUUAUCAAAUUUUUCAACUGUUGAAAAGUAUAAACAAAUUAAAUAAACUAUUUUCUGUAAACUAUCAUGGCACACGAUAAAAAAACUGUAAGACGGAGUCGAUCCCGUGAACGGGAUCGUGAUCGUGAAAGAGAGCGUGAACGUCGUGAUCGGCGACGAUCUAGGAGCAGGUCAAAGGAUCGUAAAAAGGAUAGAAAACGUUCUAGAUCUCGAGAACGUUCACGAGAACGGGAUAGAUCGCGUGAAAAAGACAGGGACAGAUCUAGGGAAAGACGAGAGUCUAAGGAUAAAUCAAAGGAUGAAAAGAAAAGAAAGCCAAGUCCGAUAUUUGUUAUGGAAGAUGAGAACAAGAAAGAAAAUAAAUCUGAUACGAAGAAGGAGGAAGAGGAGAUGGAAGAUAAAGCAAAGCUUAUUCCUAAAAAAGAACCGCUUAGUUUAGAAGAAUUAUUGGCUAAAAAGAAAGCUGAAGAAGAAGCAAGGGCCAAACCAAAAUUUUUAACUCAGGAGGAGCGUGCAGCUUUAGCAUUACAGAAGAGACAAGAGGAAGUUGAAGCUAUUCGAAAACAGCAGGAUGAAAUGCGUAAAUCUUUGUUUCAUAAUGAGAGUACUGGAAAAGAACGAGAAUGGGAUGAAAGAGAUAGUUUAUUAAGUAGGCGUAGAGAUGGUCAGCGCACAAGGGAAGAAGAAAUUAAGGACAAAGAUAAAGAAAAAGAAGUAGAAGCUAUUAAAGAACGUUACUUAGGAUUAGUAAAGAAAAAACGUCGUGUUAGAAGAUUAAAUGAUAGGAAAUUUGUAUUUGAUUGGGAUACUUCAGAAGACACAUCUGUUGAUUACAACAGCAUUUACAAGGAACGUCAUCAGGUUCAAUUCUUUGGUAGAGGAAAUCUCGCUGGUAUAGAUAUCAAAGCACAGAAACGAGAUCAAAGUAAAUUUUAUGGAGAACUUUUAGAAAAGAGGAGAACAGAAGCAGAAAAGGAACAGGAGAAGAUGAGAUUGAAAAAAGUGAAGAGGAAAGAAGAAAAGCAGAAGUGGGAUGAUAGACACUGGUCAGAAAAAGCUCUUCAGGAAAUGACUGAGAGAGAUUGGCGUAUAUUUAGAGAAGAUUACAAUAUUACAAUAAAAGGAGGUCGCAUACCAGAUCCAAUUAGAUCAUGGAAAGAAUCAGGAUUCCCUAAGGAAAUUCUCGAUAUUAUUGACAAAGUUGGAUACAAAGACUUAACACCUAUUCAAAGACAGGCCAUUCCUAUAGGUCUUCAGAAUAGAGAUAUCAUUGGUGUUGCAGAAACUGGUUCUGGUAAAACUCUGGCAUUUUUAAUUCCAUUACUAUUGUGGAUUACCAGCUUACCAAAAAUUGAAAGAUUGGAAGAAGCGGAUCAGGGUCCAUACAGUAUAAUUUUAGCACCAACCCGUGAAUUGGCUCAACAAAUAGAAGAAGAAACUAACAAGUUUGGACAACCAUUAGGUAUAAGAACAGUCGUUGUUGUUGGUGGUCUUUCAAGAGAGGAACAAGGCUUUAGAUUAAGAAUGGGUUGUGAGAUUGUAAUAGCUACGCCUGGUCGAUUGAUAGACGUACUAGAAAAUCGAUAUUUAGUUUUAAAUCAGUGUACUUACAUAGUACUAGACGAAGCCGACAGAAUGAUAGACAUGGGAUUUGAACCAGACGUGCAGAAGAUUUUGGAAUACAUGCCAGUUACAAAUUUGAAGCCAGAUAACGAAGACGCCGAAAACGAGGAAAAACUUUUAGCCAACUACAAUACGAAGAAAAAAUAUAGACAAACUGUGAUGUUCACAGCCACUAUGCCACCUGCGGUAGAACGAUUGGCCAGAACUUAUUUAAGGCGACCAGCUGUUGUGUACAUUGGCAGUGUUGGCAAACCAACAGAAAGAACAGAACAAAUUGUGCAUAUUAUGGGUGAGGCUGAUAAGCGUAAGAAACUUAUGGAGAUCCUCAGCAGAGGAGUAGAACCACCAGUGAUUAUAUUCGUAAAUCAGAAGAAGGGUGCCGACGUACUUGCAAGAGGUCUAGAAAAACUGGGUUACAAUGCUUGCACACUUCACGGUGGUAAAGGACAAGAACAGAGAGAAUAUGCACUUGCAUCUCUCAAGAGUGGUAGCAAAGACAUUUUGGUUGCUACCGAUGUUGCCGGUCGUGGUAUAGAUAUUAAGGAUGUUUCGAUGGUUAUUAAUUAUGACAUGGCUAAGACCAUAGAAGAUUACACGCAUCGUAUUGGUAGAACUGGUCGAGCAGGAAAGGCUGGUCUUGCUAUUUCGUUCUGUACUAAAGACGAUAGUCAUCUGUUCUACGAUCUUAAGCAAACAAUCCUCGCAAGUCCGAUUUCUACUUGUCCACCAGAGCUACUUAAUCAUCCAGACGCGCAACAUAAACCUGGCACAGUAGUAACGAAAAAACGUAGAGAGGAAAAAAUAUUCGCCUAAAAACACAAACACUUAAUUGUAAGCAUUUGUUUAUAACCGACCCGUGUAUUUAUGUCUUAUACAUAGAUGCAUAUUUUUUUAUAAUGUUUCAUCAGGGUAGGAAUGUGACUGUCAAUGUAAACAAAACGAAUAAAAUGUAAAU